AUGAAUCAAGAAGCAUUACAAAAAGUUUUAAUUGAAAUGGAUAAUCAAUUAAAUAAAUCUCAAUCCGAAUUAUCUAUGAUUAAUUUACAACUUGAACGAAUUAAUCAUAAUUUAAAAAUAAUUGAUACUACUAAAAAUAAAUUAAAUAAUAUUAUUAUUGGUGAUAAUGAUAAUAAUGGUGAUAAUAAUCAUUAUCAUUAUCAAUCAAAUGAAAAAAUUUGGCAAAAUUGUGGUAAAGCAUUUAUAUCAACUAAUUUUAAAACUUAUUUAAAUCAAUUAAAUAAAGAUAAUAAAAAUUAUCAAGAUAUAAAAAAGAGUUUAAUUAUAAAACAAGAUUAUUUAAAAACUACUGUUGAAAAAACUAUUGAAGGAAUGACAAAUAUCGUUGGUAAAAAAUAA